AUGCGGAUUUUUACCGCAAUUACCGCCUUAUCGGCUUUUGCUGGCCUCGUUCUCGCCUCGCCGUAUCGCGACGACCUCACUGACUACAACCUCAAUGUCAAUCAGGAUGCAACUGAAGCGACCGAGUACAAGGCGACCCGAGCGAAUACCACUUAUACACCUUCUCCCGAAAACUGGCGGGCACUCCCCGUAUAUACCGUUUUAAUGGACAAGUUUGCAGAUGGCGAUCCUUCCAAUAACGACUACUUCGGUUCCAUGUACGAAAACGACUGGAGAGAAACCCAGCUCAGAUAUGGUGGAGACCUCAAGGGUCUUAUUUCAAAGUUGGACUACCUCUAUGGCAUGGGCAUCCGGGUUAUCUUCAUUUCUGGAACGCCUUUUCUGAACAUGUUGUGGCAGGCUGACAGUUACUCGCCGCUUGAUUUCACCGUUCUUGAUCCUCAUUGGGGCACUAUUGACGAUUGGACGAAUGCAAUCGAUACCAUACACGCUCAUAACAUGUACUUGAUGGCCGAUUUCACCGUAGGAACCAUGUCGGAUCUCAUCGGUUUCGCGGGUCACUUGAACAGCAGUACGCCUUUCAGUCUGAAUGAGUACAACGCUGAAUUCAAAUAUCCCAAUUACAUGCCCUGGGGUUUCACCAAAUAUGCGGACUUUAACAUUAGUAACACCCGGAAUGAGUCGUGUGAGAUGCCCAAGUUUUGGGAAGAGGAUGGUUCCGUUGUCACUGUCGAGACGAAUGGCUGCAUGGAGUCGGAUUUUGACCAGUAUGGUGACAUGGAGGCUUUUGGUGUGCACGAGGAUUGGCAACGUCAAUUGGCCAAAUUCGCCUCCGUCCAGGACCGUCUCCGUGAAUGGAAGCCUGAGGUCAUGGCCAGGCUUCAAAAUUUUGCUUGCAUGGCUAUCACUGCUUUAGACUUUGAUGCCAUCCGCAUUGAUAAAGCUACUCAGGUCACGGUCGCAGCUCUAGCGGAGUGGACAUCCAGCGUUCGUACUUGUGCGUAUAAUCUUGGUAAAGAAAAUUUUUUCGUACCGGGUGAAGUUACUGGAGGCGACACUUUCGGCUCCCUAUACUAUGGUCGUGGGCGCACUCCUACGCAGCUUCCUGGCGGCUUUUUGAUUGCAGCCAACCUCACAUCGGAUGAUAGCGAAUAUUUCCUUCGAGACAAGGGCGUCAAUGGACUGGAUUCAGUUGCCUUCCACUAUUCCAUAUACCGUUCACUUACUCGAUUCUUGGGUAUGGAUGGUAACCUCGAUGUCGCUUAUGAUGUGGAUAUCAACUUCAUCACUGCGUGGAAUCAGAUGUUCGUUGACAAUGACUUCAUCAAUCAAUUAACGGGGGAAGUCGAUCCCCGACACAUGUAUGGGAUGAGCAAUUUCGACGUGUUCCGUUGGCAUAGUCUGGCCGAUGGUAGGGAGCGCAGCAUUUUGGCUGGGUUCAUCGCCACUCUCGUUAUGCCCGGUAUUCCGUUGUAUUUCUAUGGCGAAGAGCAGAAUUUCUAUCUGUAUGAUACCGGUGCUUCCAAUUAUCUCUAUGGCCGUCAAGCCAUGACGAGUAACACAGCGUGGAAGCGACAUGGCUGCUACACCCUCGGCUCUGAACAAUACUUCAACAUGCCCCUGGAUAAAGCCUUAGUAGGGUGCCACGACGAUUGGAACGCCCUUGAUCAUUUCGAUCCUACCACUGAUAGUCGUCGGAUGUUCGCACAUUUCAACCGCCUGCGCUCAAUAUACGGUGCUUUGCAGGAUGGGUUUAAUCUCGUGCAACGUGGCAACUGGACGUAUUUCAUCGAACGGCCUGGUUCUAACGGCACAGCAACUGAGAUGGGCCUGUGGUCUAUCUCCAGGUCCGGUAUCUCCGGCGUUCAAAACCUGACCGGAAAUUUUACAGACCAGGUUUGGAUGUUGUACAGCAAUGAAAACGAGACGAAGAGUUGGGAGUACAAUUGCCAGGAGUCCCUAUGGAUUUCAUCCCCCUUCGAGUCUGGUACGAUAGUCCGUAAUUUGUUUGCACCGUACGAGACGUACACUUUGGAAGACUCAGGUUCGUCAUACUACAACGAUAGCAAAUCCCCCUGGUACGGCUGUCUUCCAAAUGUCACUAUGGACGCCUAUGGGUUCAAGGCACUCGUACCCGAAGAUCAGUGGGUUGCUCCGGCCCUUGCGAUGACCGCGUUCAAUCCGGGACAUGACUACCGUUUGCUAGCUGAGGAUGGCCAAACGAAUGCCACCACUGUCGACAUUUCAAUUGAAUUCAGCGCCGUCAUGGAGUGCGACUCCGUCACAAACUCGAUUUCACUCAACAUGUCUUCCUCUGGAAAUGGCUCCACCCCUUCGAUCACGAACGUCAAUUGUCAAAGUAUAUCCAAUGCGUCCGCCUCUGUCAUACAAGGUGGUUCGACGUCCGCGUGGGAGUGGACCGCGACGUUGACAAAUUUCCCGGAUGGUGUCUUGAAGAUCACUGUCGACAAACCUCAGGACAGCAGCGGAAAUUCUACAAACGUCGUGGAUGAACUUCUUUUGAGGAAAGGCUCUUCUCAGAACGUCAUUGUCUUCCCCGAGAACGACUACGACGACGACGCCUUCACCAAGUCGGAUGGCAAAUAUAUGUUCACUCAUAAAGCUUAUGGUGCUGAAAAAUACAGGUAUUCGUGGAAUUUCGGUCAAAAUUGGACAAGUUGGGCUGACUGGGAAGACACGACGACAAUCGACUCCGACGUCUUCAGCAGCUCUGAUUUGUUCUGGGAUGGUGACCACAUCAUCGUCCAGUAUUGGAGUGAAGCCACAAUGUCAACAGCUGGUGUUAUUCAUGCUGACUAUGGUUGGUCUGGCGCGCGUCGCCGCGUUCCUCAGCUACUCGCACGUGGCCCUUACAACACUUGGGGUUACGACAGUGGCCUGUCGAGUGUGAUGGAACUGAAUGAUGACGGCUACUGGGAGCUAGAAAUCAUGGCUCAAUGGCCGACUUACGUAGAGCUUAACGUUUGGGGUUACGAUGACUACUACUACGGAGACGUCGACGGUGAUGGAGUCCUUGACCGACUUCCUCCCAACAGCGCUGCCUCCAAUUAUGUGAACAUGUCUGCCCCACCGUCACCUCAUCUCUCUUGGUCGCUACUCGUUGACGACUCUACCAUGCAAUGGUGGUUGAAGCCUCGUGGUGAAGCAUCCGUUGGCGCUAUCAUGUACGCUCUGCUGCUUGCUAUUCCCUUGAUCACCGGUACACUUGCUGUCCUCGUUUUCAUGUGGUCAUUCUACGGUAUCAAGCACAAUCAAUACGGCGUCAAGGCGAAGACAUCUAACAACUACUUUCCUAUUCUUGGCGUUUUGGGCAACAAAUCUCAGUCGGACCUGAAAGAUGGAGGAAUGUCAGAAAAGGGAGGAGGCAUUUUCGGACAUCACAAACACAAGGGGGAGAUCAUUGGCUGGCCCGAGGAUAAGAACAAGCGUCGCAAAGUCCUUAUCUCUACUCUCGAGUACGAGAUCAUCGACUGGAAGAUCAAGGUCAAGAUCGGUGGUCUCGGUGUCAUGUCCAGCCUUAUGGGUAAAGCUAUGACAGAUGUCGACUUGAUUUGGGUUGUGCCGAAGGUCAAGGAUGUGGAGUAUCCGGCUGGAGAUCCCGCUGAACCCAUCGAGGUCAUCAUCUUUGGCGAGCCCUAUCUCAUUGAGGUAGAGACUCACGUUUUGGACAACAUCACAUAUGUUAUCCUUGAUAGUCCCGUUUUCCGUGCCCAGACUAAAGCUGAUCCUUAUCCGGCUCGCAUGGACGAUCUUAGUUCCGCUAUCUUCUACUCGACUUGGAAUCAAGCUAUUGCUGCUACUAUUCGUCGCAACCCUACCGUCGAUAUCUACCAUGUGAACGACUAUCACGGCGCUUUGGCACCCAUCUAUCUUCUGCCCAAGGUUCUUCCCUGCUGUCUGUCGCUUCAUAAUGCCGAGUUUCAGGGUCUCUGGCCUCUGCGAACUAAGGAAGAAAUGAAGGAAGUUUGCUCAGCGUUCAACAUCAGCAAAGAGCACUGCACCAAAUAUGUUCAGUUUGGAAAUACCUUCAACUUGCUGCAUGCGGCCGCUUCGUUCAUCAGUGUUCACCAGAAGAGUAUUGGUGUGGCUGGUGUCUCUGACAAGUAUGGUAAACGUAGUUGGGCCCGAUAUCCUGCCCUUUGGACGCUGAAACAUGUCGAUUCCUUGCCCAACCCUGAUCCCAGUGACAUCGAGGCGCUGGAUGAAGCUCCCACAAAGGCCAAGGACGUUCAGAUCGACGAAGUUGCAGAAGCUGCCCGUCCGGAACAUAAGCGUCAAGCACAAGAAUGGGCCGGUAUCAAACAGGAUCCUGAUUCUGACUUGUUUGUAUUUGUCGGUCGUUGGUCUAAGCAAAAGGGUGUCGAUCUCAUUGCUGAUGUAAUGCCUUCCCUGUUAGAGAAACGUCCCACUAUCCAGCUCAUUGCCGUUGGUCCUGUUAUUGACUUGUAUGGACGAUUUGCUGCUGAGAAGCUGGCACGACUGAUGGAAAUGUUCCCGGAUCGUGUCUAUUCAAAACCCGAAUUUACGGCGCUCCCUCCCUACCUGUUCAGCGGUGCCGAUUUCGCUCUGAUUCCCUCCCGUGAUGAGCCCUUCGGCCUCGUAGCUGUCGAAUUUGGUAGGAAGGGUGCUCUCGGAGUCGGAAGUCGUCUCGGAGGUCUGGGUUUAAUGCCUGGUUGGUGGUAUCCUGUAGAAUCCAGCUCUACGGCACACAUGCUGUCACAGCUGACAAAAACAAUCAAAAUGGCUUUGAAGUCCACCGAGGAAGAGCGCGCCGUUCUUAGGGCCCGGUCCGCCGUCCAACGUUUCCCUGUUGUUGAAUGGCGUCAACGAAUGGAGGAUUUCCACAGGCGCAGUAUCACCGCUAGUCGUGCGAUUGCCGGCGCUGAUGCUUGGCGAGAGUCUGACUGUGAUGGUGCUGGUGUUCGUCCUAUGGCAGAUACCGAUGAUUGGAACCCUGUCAACCAGGCUUACCCGUCUCAGCCUGAGUGGGACCGAACCAGCAUGCUUGAUAGUCCUCAUGUCAAUACUCCUGGUUCCCCAGGUCAGUGGAGUCAAGACACCCUCACACCGUCUGGUGCUCCUCGGUUACUGCCUCCAGAUGGCUCUCGCAAUUCAUUUACUACUGACGGUGGUCAAGACGAUGACUACUUCAGCCAUUCGCGUGGUAGUACACUGGAACCUGCUCAAGGAUACAACGACUUCCUGGAGAGGGCCAAUCGCACCAUUGCCCGGGAUCAGCGGCAUGCCCCAGAUCCGUUCUUGGAUGAAAACCUCACACCCAACCGUCCGUUUGGCGCGCACUCUCGCGUGUCUUCUGUUGAAUCGAUAUCGUCUAUUGUUGAUGAAAAGUCCAACUCGCCUUUGAACAAAGCCAUCGCUUCGUUUACUGACGCAGAUGGUGGCGUUGCUUCAGAGUUCGUUCAAAAGUUGCAGGCCCUCAAUGCUAAAAACUCGGAGCAUGAAUUGUCCAUCGAGAAGUUCCUCAUCAAAAGCGAAGAAGCCUUCUUUGGCAAAGUUCGCAAGGAAAAACUUGACAGUGCCGCCAGUAUCAGGUCGUCGCAGCGUGAUUCCAUCUGGGGAACGCCUUCACCGUCGAUAUACUCUCGCCCCGAUUCGCCUAACACUCAAGCCUUUUCUUCUGAGUAUGACGGACCUCUUCGCAACGAUGCAGGUGCCCCUGAGAUUGUACCCAUGACAGGGUUACAGAUCGCCAUGUCUCGUGAAAUAUGGGGUUGGCCGUUGUACACUAUUGUCAUUGCUGCCGGUCAGAUGUUAAGUGCAACGAGUUUCCAAAUCACUCUUUUGACUGGUCGAAGUUGGCAAGAUAAUGUACAGCUUUACGUCCUUGGCGGAGUUUUCCUUGCUGCCUCUGCAGUAUGGUAUCCUAUGUUCAGAUUGAAGCCAUCCGUAUAUGUUCUAUCUGCACCUUGGGUGUUCUUCGGUCUAGCAUUCCUCUUGGUCGGUUUCCCAUCAGUGUCCUCUUCAUUCCACUCUGCACACAGAGCUCUGGCGAGCACAGCGACAUGGUGUUAUGCUGUUGCCUCGGCCGCUUCCUUUCUAUUCUUCGGCCUCAACUUCGGUGAAGAAGCGGGUGCUGCAACGGAGGUAUGGACUUUUCGUGCAUGUAUUGUCCAAGGUUCCCAACAGAUUUGGGUGGCGGCGUUGUGGUACUGGGGUCAUACCCUCACUGGUCAAUCAGAUAAUUAUACACCGCCAUGGUGGAUCGUUCUUAUCGUCUGGCCAUUGGCCCUCAUGAGUUUCAUUUUCGCUUACUUGAUGCUUUACGGUCUUCCUGAGUACUACCGCCAAACUCCACCCAAGGUGCCUCAGUUCCUGCGGACCUUGUUCCGCCGCAAAUUGGUUAUAUGGUUCCUUGCCUCCGAAAUUCUUCGAGACUACUGGCUCAGCGGUCCUUACGGACGCAACUGGAGUUUCUUGUGGAGCGUCCCUAUUCCGACAUAUCAGAUUCUUCUCUUGGUCCUCGCCUUCUUCAUUGGUGUUUGGGGAGCACUUCUCGGCGUUCUCACGCAUUUCAGUAAGACACAUACCUGGCUUCUGCCUGUGUUUGCGGUAGGUCUCGGUGCACCUAAAUGGUGUCAGAUGAUGUGGGGUACUUCUUCACUUGCGCUCUACAUUCCCUGGGCCGGAAGUAGCGGACCAUACCUUGGCUUGUCGUUGUGGUUGUGGCUUGGCGUUUUAGAUGCCAUUCAGGGAGUCGGUCUUGGUAUGAUUCUGCUCCAGACACUUUCACGUCUGCACGUUUGUGCUACGCUGGCAUUCUCUCAAAUCAUCGGUUCGGUUUGUGUUAUGGUCGCUCGAGCGACUGCGCCAAACCGUAUCGGGCCUGGGUCUGUGUUCCCUGACGCUGCAAGCUGGGACUUUGAGGAUGGGAGUCCCAUGGCGGAACCUAUGUUCUGGAUGGCGCUAUUCUGCCAAUUGAUAAUUGUCAUUGGUUACUUUUGGUUCUACCGUAAAGAACAGCUAUGUAAGUUUUUCUUGCGAUGUACCUCUCAUCGGGACCUUUGA